GUGAUUUGACCCGAGUAGUAAUUGAUAAAAAAAUAUGGCGACCAAGUGAAGGACGCUGUUAGUAAAUCUGUAUUAAAAAUAAUUUGGUUAUUAUACUAUUAAAUAAAGUGAAAUAAUUAAACUUUCAAACUACCUCAUUGAUUAAAGAUGAGUAAUAUGUCACCGUUUGGUGGUGGAAAGAAUCCACCUUGGGUCAGAAAUGCUGGACAGGGAAUACCAAAUAUCCAGCAACAAAUAAUGGGCCAAGCUAUGGGUGGUAUUGGAGGACAACAAAUGGUACAAUAUCAGCAACAAACUCAACAAGUUUACCAGCAAAGUCUAGGUCUACAACAGCCAAAUAUAACGAUGGCGUCAAUGGCCCAACUGGGUUCGAAUUUGCCCUCUAGUAUUGCCAGUCAAUUGUACCCCCAAGUAGCCACGGUUUCUUAUCCAACACCUAGAUCAUUGAACACCAACGCGUUUCAGCAAUCAGUAACUGGAGUAUCAGCACAGCAGGUCCAGCAAAAUGUCUCUUCUCCGUCUCCUAAACAGCGGGUUUUCACGGGAACAGUUACCAAAGUUCAUGAUAAUUUUGGCUUCGUCGAUGAGGACGUUUUCUUUCAGACCAACGCAUGUGUGAAGGGUUCAAACCCAGUGGUUGGUGAUCGUGUACUAGUUGAAGCUUCGUACAAUCCAUCGAUGCCCUUUAAAUGGAAUGCAACUCGUAUCCAAGUACUGCCAAUGGGUAAUAGUAAUAAUAAUGCUAGUAACCAACAGUCUGGACAGCAAAUGAAUCGCCAGCAGCAACCAAGUCGACAAUCUGGUGGCUACAAUGCUGUACCACCUCCUAAUGACAAUAGUAAUAACAGCGGGAGGUUCGUAAGCAAUAACCCUACGAACAAUGUGACGAGUAAUCGCAGCAAAGUUGCUAGAGUAAGAGAAAGAUCACCGCGAGACCGUCGUAAUGACGAGGAAGAAAUCGAACGCAAGCGCCGCCGUGAAGAAAGAAUCAGGGAACGUGAGAAAAAGGAAGAACGCAGCCCGUCCAGGACACGCCGCAGUAAAUCACCCAGACCACGUCGUCGUACAAGAGUUGUACCGCGUUACAUGGUACAGAUACCAAAGAUAGCACUUGAUUUACCGGAAGCGGAUGUAUUGGAAGUCCGUAGACGUUAUCAAAAUAUGUACAUUCCGAGUGAUUUCUUUUCAACAAAUUUCCGUUGGGUUGACGCAUUUCCACCCCACAUGCCGUUCACUUUAAACAAACCCUGUUCGUUUCAUGUUAUGCACAAAGAUGUCGAACCUUGCGUUGAAAAUACUGCAGUGCUAGAGCCAGCGGACGCUGAUUAUUUAUUCUCAGCCAAAGUGAUGUUGAUCUCGAUGCCCGCGAUGGAAGAAAUUUACAAAAGAUGCUGCGGCGUAACCGAAGACCGCGAUCCGGACCGCGACUACGUGCACCCGACGCGUCUGAUAAAUUUUCUCGUAGGCCUGAGAGGGAAAAACGAGACGAUGGCGAUCGGUGGACCCUGGAGUCCUUCUCUUGACGGCUUGAACCCCGAGAAAGAUCCCUCCGUCUUAAUAAAGACUGCCGUCAGAACCUGCAAGGCGCUCACGGGCAUUGAUUUGUCUCACUGCACCCAAUGGUACCGGUUCCUGGAGCUCUACUACAGGCGUGCUGAGACGACCCACAAGUCUGGCAGAGUGGUGCCUAGUCGUGUUGAAACGGUGAUACUAUUUCUCCCAGAUGUUUGGAGCUGUGUGCCUACCAAGCUGGAGUGGGACAGUCUGCAUCUCAGCUAUAAGAAACAACUGGAGCGAAAGCUGCUGCGUGCUGCAUCUAGUCCCGACGAUGCCGUCGUCAUGCUGGAUCCCAACAAUGACGCUGCUGAUGAGGCUGCCGUCGCUGAUCAAAAGGAUGACAUUGCUGAGAAAAAAGAUCCGACGCAUUACUCUGAUCUGGAUCCUAAGACCAUGAAUGUAAAUGAAUUGCGCCAGGAACUGGUGGCGCGAAAUUUGAGCUCUAAAGGAUUGAAGUCACAAUUAUGCGCGCGGCUUUUGAAAGUUAUUAAAUCUGAGCAGGCUAGAGAAGAAGGUCGGCAAGAUGACGUUGAAGAUGAUGAAGAAAUUGUUGCUACUAAAGAAGAAAUUAAAGAAGUAAAAGAAGUUAAAGAUGUUAAAGAAAUAAAAGAAGUUAAGGAAGAAAAGAAAACUAAAGAGCAUGAUGAAGACAAGAAAAAAAAUACAGAACGCGAGCGUGCGCUGUUGGAAAAACGUUACACGCUACCAGAAACAUCGCACAUUAUUGUUCAUCCAUCAAAAACAGCUAAGAGCGGUAAAUUUGACUGUACUGUUAUGUCACUGAGUGUUUUAUUGGAUUACCGUCCAGAAGAUACUAAAGAACAUUCAUUCGAAGUUUCACUUUUUGCGGAAUUAUUCAACGAAAUGCUGAUGCGAGAUUAUGGCUUUCGUAUUUACCGGAGCCUGUGUAGCCUUCCGGAAAAGACUAAGGAAAAAGAAGAGGACAAGAAAAAGGAUAAGAAAGAUGACAAGCGAGAUGAUAAGAAGGAUGACAAAGAAAAGAAGAAAGACGAUGAUAAAAAAAGUAGUGGUAAGAAAGACGACAAGAAGCGGGAGAGUAGCAAAGAUAAGAAGGAUGAUAAAGAUGGCAAAGGUAAAACGGAUGAUAAGGAACGCGACAAAGAUGACGACGAAGAAUUCGAAGAUGAAGAAACUGAGGAUGAUGAUAAUUCAGUAAAAGACGGCAAGCGCGAUAAAGAGAAAGACUCGAAAAAAAAGAAAGUCAAACUCUAUACUCACGAUCCUUAUUUAUUAUUAUCAUUUGUAUACUUUGAUCAGACGCACUGCGGUUAUAUUUUUGAUAAAGAUAUCGAAGAACUUAUUUACACACUCGGAUUAAAUUUAUCUCGCGCUCAAGUACGGAAACUCGUGCAGAAAGUCGUGACACGUGAUUCCCUUCACUAUCGUAAGCUGACAGAUAAAGCUCAGGAGGAUUCUAGCAAAGAGAGCAAGAAGGAGGACGACGGCUCGGAAAAAUCUGACGGGUCUAUGAAGGGCGAUGAGGAUGAAGAGGCACUCAAAUCAUUAGCACUAGGUAAUAAAAAAUUACUACCAGUAUUUGUUGGUAGUGGACCGGCAUCAAAACGUGCACGUCGCGAAAAUAGUUCCGAUGAACAGAACACUGAGUCAGUACCAGAAGGAUUUGUUAUGUUCAAAGGAUCAUUACUCGAUCUAGAAAAAUUAGUUAGUCAAUUGAAGAGAUCCGAGAAGGCGCGACUUGAGACUGAAGCUCGCAUGAUGGAGAUUCAGCACGACUUGAAUUCUGUAAAUGAUAGAUUACAUAAACAAUCUAGCACCAUGAAAGACGUCACUGACGAUUUGAAAAACUACAAGGACAGACUUCGAAGCACCGAUGAAAAACUUAAAAAAACAACGUCCGAAUGUCAUACAUACUUAAACGCUUUGAAAAGUGUGUAUCAUACAACAGCUAAAAUAGUACAGGGCGAUUCAAACUCUAAAAAAGUUGAAAUAGUAGAAAUCCAGGAUGAAAAAACCUCGGAAGUAAACGGCUCGGACAGUAAAUCUAAGAGUGACUCGAGGUGGAGUGACAGCAAAAGUUCGAUUAAAAAAGAACUUGAGGGAGAUAAAGACAGCAAAGAUAAAGAUAAAGACAGCAGCAAUAAGAAACACGAUAGUAAAAAAGAAUCAGCAGUUAAAAAAGAAUCGACUGAUACCGAUAAAGAUAAAAAAUAAUUUAUGAUUAUUGAUAUUUUUUACUACCUAUAAAGAAUUAUCAAUUCUUUACACGAACUGUCUAGUAGUGCUUAGAAGCACUUUAAUCUGAAAAACCGUCUUUGUCCCGAAUUUUGAUUGUCCAGGUAACAAAAAUGGACUGGAAAUUAUUUGUUUUUAAAUUAAAUUUAUUUGUAUAUGUUAAGGAAAUAAAAUUGGCAUGCAAUAUCUAAAGUA